AUGGACGACGACAUGUACGAGGAAGGCUACCCAUACAUGUCCUACUAUGCCGCGUACCCGCCACGCUUAAUGGCCACGCCGCCCCGCCCUGACCCCGUCACACAUUAUGACGUCCGGUUCAUCGACGAUGUCUCCAUGCGCAGCGGCAAGGCCAUCGAUCUCGUCUUCGUGCUCGACUGCACCGGCUCAAUGCAGCGGUACAUCAACUCGGUGCGCGACCACAUCUUCGCCAUCUGCGACAUGAUCCGCGGCGAGGAGGGACUGAACGGCACAGACGACUUGCGAGUUGCUAUCGUCAACUACCGUGACCACAAGCCACAGGACAACACCUACGUGUACAAGUUCAACCCAUUCACAUCCGACAUUGCUGUGGUUCAGAACUACCUCAAGGGUUUGACUGCUGCUGGUGGUGGUGAUGGACCCGAGGCGGUCACUGCGGCGAUGGCAGCGUGCCUGACCGAACUCGAGUGGCGGCGCGAAGCAGCCCGCAUGGUCGUCCUCAUUGCGGACGCCCCUCCUCAUGGCAUUGGCGAGAGCGGUGACCAGAUCAAGCAGGGUGACCCCGAUGGACACGACCCCCUCGUCGUUGCUCGCGCCAUGGCUCAGCAUGGUAUCACCAUGUUCAUGGUCGCAUGUGAGGACACGCUCUCCAACUAUUCUCGCGCGGUCGAUUUCUUCACCGCCAUCUGCAACAUGACCUCUGGUGUCAUGCUGCCCUUGACCACCGCCGACCUUCUAGCGAUGACUAUUGUUGGAAGCGUGCUGGAGAACAUGGACAUGGAGCGUCUUAUUGGUGAGAUCGGCCGUGAGGUUGCCGAACGCAUCAAGGAGAAGGGCGAAAGCUUGCAGAGCGUUGAGGAGGUCGCUCAGGAAUUGCAUGAGCGUUUGCUUCUGCGCAACGAGCAGACUAAGCAGGUCCAGCUCCCGGACGUAUACAUCCAGACGGAGGCGUCGCGGAAGAACGUCUCGGCGUGGAUGAACGCACAGUAUAUCUACGAUGCUGCGCCCAACAUCCUUCCCGUCGUUAGCCGCCGCCUGACGGACAAAUUCCGCAAGACCAACCACAACGCAGGGUUCCAGUACACUCCCGGCGGGCGCCUGCCGCCUCGCCGUCGCCCCAGCAGCGAGGCCAAGUCUGAGCCCGUUGCGAUCGCAGCACCCGUGCCGUCCUCUCCCUCGCGCGCUGGCACAUCGCCGACGUCACCCGGCCGCCGCAUCGUGCAGGACUUCAAGCCGUUCGGUGCUUCUAGUACCAACAUGAGCGUGUUCGGCGCUCCGAUGCUUCCGACUGGGCCUGGUGGUGGCAUGUUUGGCUCGGCGGGUCGCACACCGAACAUGAACGCGAUGCGCGGGCGCGACGACAAUGAUGACGACGACGAUGAUGAGGGCACGCAGCUGCGCCGCGAUGCGAUUUCGCUCGACCAGGCGCGCCGCAUCGCCACGCAGUCUGUCUUCCGCGCUGGCCGCCUCCCUCUCUAA